AGCCUUAGGGUGGGGUCCACCUGCAUACAUCAUGAACUAGAGAGAAAAACGGGGAGCUGGGGUCUACAAACCUGGGCAUUGGGAGUCCUGGUUCAGUACUCACACUGAGGUCAGGUGCUCUCUGUCCUGGCCUUCCAGCUCCGCUGCCUGAGAUAUGGGCACAUCUUGUUCAAGACAAGAGCUCUCAUAGGACAGAGCAGAGUCCUAUACUUCAACUCCCCGUUCACCUCUACUAGCCUCCACUCUGAUUCCUACUGAACUCCCAUGCUUCUUUCUGGUUCUCUCUAGGGCUGGCCAGUAGGCUCUCCUUCUGUUCUCCCAUGUCCCCCACCCCCCAGCUUGCAGUGACAUAGUUACCUCAGAACUGAAAUAUUCCUGGAAACACCGGCCUCGUCUGGUUAAUUUCAUGAACCGUUUUUCUGCCCAGAUGACUUAGCUUUUGUUUAUCCAAAGGCUUUUUCUCCCCUGUUGUCCCGGUGUAAAGAGCUAUUCUCCCCAGAGAUGUCCCACAGAGCCCAGAAAGGGAGGAAGAAACAAGUUUCCUGCUAGGCUCCUGACUGUAUCUCUUGCUACAGGACAGACAGCCUAGUCCAGGAUUCUGGAUGACAGGGCUGCCUUCGGCAGGGUCAGGGGAAGAGGCCAGCCAAGCCUCCAGGUUCUGCUUUGGCAGGACUUUGGCAGUGCCGCUGGCUUGCAGCACAGCCAUGCUCCAUCCUAAAAGCUGUCCUGAGACUAGAAUAGCCAUGCUCAACUAGUCAUGGCUCCAGACCAACCCUGCACGAUACUAGGGUCGGACAAGGACUUAGCCAGAUGCUAGCUUGCUAUAGAGGAGACUUGGACAUAUGUGGAGACACAAUGAUCAAGGAAUAGAAAGUAAAAACAGGUAAAAACUGGGGAAACAACAAGGAAGAAACACAGGCUGCAGAUGGGAGAGAGAAAAGUGGAGCCUGUUUGUCCAGGAAGCAGUUAAGUGUCUGACCCUGCUGCCUGAAAACACGUGUGAGCCAGGCGGUGGUGGCGCAUGCCUGUAAUCCCAGCACUCUGGGAGACAGAGGCAGGCAGAUUUCUGAGUUCGAGGCCAGCCUGGUCUACAGAGUGAGUUCCAGGACAGCCAGGGCUACACAGAGAAACCCUAUCUCAAAAAAACCAAAGCCAAAAAGCUAAAAAACCAAAACAACAACAACAAAAAAGAAAACACAUGUGAACUCGCGCGUGCGCGCGCGCGCGCGCGCGCGCACGCACACACACACACACACACACACACACACACGAUAACCAUUCUGCCAUGUCCCACCUGAAAAGCUAGCGAGUCAGGCCCCUGCACUGAGUAUGUUUGCUAUAGCAAAAGCCCUCAACUGCCUUCUAUUCUAAAUGUGACAACCAGCCCUGAAUAGUAACCUCUAGAGCCCUAAAGACUUGGCAUUACAACAGACUCUAACCCUAAUCUAGUCUCCAUGCCUCCUUAACUCCAAACCCUAUCCUAAGUAUGACUACAGCCAAAUAGUUAAGCCUAUCCACUUGUUUCUAAGAAACAUGUCAUUAUAGAAAAAUCUGGAAGUAUAAAAUGUAAACUAGAGGAAAGAAACCACUUGAUCUCAUACCUAUCUGAGCUUAAAACCCAGACUAGCCCGGCUUUUUGUGACAUGCCAGACACCAGUUUGUCUGAUGGGUAAAGCAACACAUUCACAUAUCUUGGUCCUAGCUAACAUUCUGCCUCCCAGACCUAACCACAUCCUCCUCCUGGACUCAAAUCUCAACCACACUCACUCAACCAAAUCCCAGUCUAAAUUCAUCUGAAAUGGUAAGACUAACCCAGCCCACUGCCUAUUAUAUUCCUACCCUGUCCGAGCCCUGAUUUUUAUUUUGGACCUCACCUAAAAGUUUCUUUAGAAAAGCAUGUUUCCCACCUGAUUCUGGUCCUUCUCUCAACUCCUGGCUUCUGGAAUAGUCAAACCCUCCAUUGUCUUCUGUGGAUCAGCCUCCCUCUUUAAACUCACAUCUUUCUCCUUGGUGCUCCCCCUACAACACCCUAGAUACAGAUAGGGGAGGCAGGGCCUGACAGGACAAGCCUAUAAUCCCAGCUACUCCGGAGGCUGAGGCAGAAAGAUCGUAAGUUCACAAGUAGCUUGGGCAGACCCUGCAUAGAAAAUAGAGAAGGCUGGGACUAUAAUUAAGUGGUAGAGCACUUGUCUGCAUGCACAGGCCCUAUGUUUAAUUCUAGGACUACAGGAAAGAAAAGGAAGGGGAUCAAAGGUCUACAUUGCUCCCACGAGGAAUGCUGCAUCUCCUUCAGUUAGCCCCGCCCGGCCCUCACAGCCCCCAGGAACUGUAUCCUAGUCUAUCCCCCCACCUUUCACUCCACAGACCAUCUUGGACCCUUGACCUGACCAUGACUGGGGAACACUACUCCUGCCUCCCAUGGCUGCUGCCUCUCUUCUCGUCCUUCCACAGGACUGUGGCUUACUGCUCACAGCUUGCCAGAGCUAGCAUAUGCCAUAUUCCCACCCCUUAAUUCCUGCUGCAUGGGACUGGAAGGCUUGGCGAAGAGACUGGGACACAACUGGAACUCUGGCAUAUUGAUACAAAAUCCCUAAAGCCUGGCCUGCCCCUCCUAAUAGACACGUGCACACAUAUUUGGCACAUAUAGGGACAUAGAUGCCAAAGAUUUUCAGCUAAUAGCGGUCAAGUAUCUACUGAUAGACAACAAAUGGCAGGACUGUGUCCUUGCAUGCAUACCUCCACAUACACUCUUGGACCAGAAGUCUUCGCCUCCUCCAUUCCCUUCACUUCCCCAUCUGGUCUCUCUCUCACCCCCCCCCCAUUCCUAGCCCAAGGUGGGGACAGACACCUGAGGGGCUGCCAGCUGUUUCCCCAUUUGGGCCUGGGCCCACCCUCAUACUUCUUGCCCGUCCUAUCCACAGGGGACUCGUGGGGGAUGUUAGCUUGCCUAUGCACGGUGCUGUGGCACCUCCCUGCAGUGCCAGCUCUUAAUCGCACAGGAGAUCCAGGCCCUGGCCCCUCCAUCCAGAAAACCUAUGACCUCACCCGCUACCUGGAGCAUCAACUCCGCAGCUUAGCUGGGACCUACCUGAACUACCUGGGGCCCCCUUUCAACGAACCUGACUUCAAUCCUCCUCGGCUGGGGGCAGAAACUCUGCCCAGAGCCACAGUCAACUUGGAAGUGUGGCGAAGCCUCAAUGACAGGCUGCGGCUGACCCAGAACUAUGAGGCCUACAGUCACCUCCUGUGUUACUUGCGUGGCCUCAACCGUCAGGCUGCCACAGCUGAACUCCGACAUAGUCUGGCCCAUUUCUGUACCAGUCUCCAGGGCCUGCUGGGCAGCAUCGCUGGUGUCAUGGCGACUCUCGGCUACCCACUGCCCCAGCCGCUGCCAGGCUCUGAGCCAGCCUGGGCCCCCGGCCCUGCCCACAGCGACUUCCUCCAGAAGAUGGAUGACUUCUGGCUGCUGAAGGAGCUGCAGACCUGGCUAUGGCGUUCAGCCAAGGACUUCAACCGGCUUAAGAAGAAGAUGCAACCUCCAGCAGCUUCAGUCACCCUGCACUUGGAGGCCCAUGGUUUCUGAUCUCUGACCCUUAACCCUUGCACCUCCAGCCCCAGUCCUGUGCUUCCAUUGUGGGGUGAAAAGUCCUGUAUACCAACAUUCGUUGAGCCAGAAGCCAGACCAUGGGAGCUCUGUCCUCCUCAUCCUUGGAUAGGGAGUGUAACUCAGUAAACCCUCUAGCUCCUCGAGUCCUAGGGUCUGGGGGAAAUGUACAGUGGGCACCAAGAAGUAAUGCCUGAGGGAGUUGAAUGGCUCCGUGGGUAUAAAGGCUCUCUCCCUUCCUCCUGCUUUCUGCUUGCCACUUGCCAGUAUCCACUCAGUUCCUCAUGUGGCAUUUGUAGAAACACCUGGAGGGCAUGGGCGGGAGCCACUGUAGCAUGUGCCUUUCUGGGAUAAGGCCCCUUGGCUUCCCUCCCUCUCCCUGGAUGGGUAUUGCUCCCCUACCCCAAUAACUACAUAUCCAGUUCAGGAAACAAAGUGACUGAUCUAAAGAAGAGUGUGAUAGUAAGAGGAGGGGUAGGGUCUAUGCUGGAGAUGGCCUAGAAACCAGAUGUACUUCUAAAAGAGAAGGGUGGGGCAGACCAGACCCAGCAGUCACCAAGACAAUUGGUGGCAUAGGGUGGAAAACAAAAGCCAUGUUGAGUGUUAGGACCUUGCCUUGAAGUUUCCUGCCAGCAUCUUAGUGCCCCCUCUCCGCCCCCUUUCCCAGGGUAUCUGUGGUUGCCUGGGCUGGGGACGGCAGCCAUAGCCACAGCCACAGGGUUUCCUGAAAGUUUACAUUGCAGUAGCAUUGUGGGGUGAGGGGGAUGGCUCCCCCAGGCUCCAUCCCCAGCCCCACCCACUCAUGACUCUAAGUUUGUUGUAUUAAUAUUUAUUUAUUUGGAGAUGUUAUUUAUUAGAUGAUAUUUAUUGCAGAAUUUCUAUUCUUGUAUUAACAAAUAAAAUGCUUUCCCCAGAACUUGGGACUCUUUGCCUAG